GAAAUCUUUCGAACUAAAAGUGAAGACGGAAAAUAAAGUUUUUUGUAAAAAUGAGUACUGACGACAACGACAGUGAUUUGGAAAUGAGCGAAACACUGGCAGAAAUCCGAGACGCCGCAGCGACCGUGACCAAUAAUUUGCCGCAAAAAUCAAGAAAACAAUAUGAGAAGACCUACAAAUAUUUUAUGGAUUGGUUAGCAACGAAAAACACAAAAUCAUUAACUGAAAACACAUUAGUGCUGUAUUUCGAACACUUAUCUACCAAAUUUAAGCCUGUAUCUUUGUGGACAUUCUAUUCCAUGUUGAAAAUAACUAUAAAUAUGAAACAUAAAGUGGAUAUAUCUAAGUAUGAUAAACUACUAUCUCUUUUAAAACGUAAAUGUGAAGGAUAUAAGGGGAAAAAAUCAAUGACAUUUUUACCAGAAGAAAUAGAAAAAUUCUUAAAUGAAGCACCAGACAAACAAUAUCUAAUAGAAAAGGUAACCCUGAUAUUUGGAAUAAUGGGAGCAUGCCGCAGACAAGAAUUCUAUAAACUUCAACAGGAUGAUGUGAAGCUUUUUGAUUCCGCUCUUUUUGUAACUGUCCGAAAUAGAAAUAAGACUGGUCGCACCUUCACUGUAACAGGCAGUUACUUUGAUGUGUGUAAAAAAUACAUAGACCUACGACCUAAACCAUGUGAACUGCCUGACUUUUUUUUACAAUAUGUAGGAGGUAAAUGCAUAAAGCAAAAAGUUGGUUUAAACAAGUUGGGAUCACUUGGCAAAACUAUAGCUACAUAUUUACAACUUCCCAAUCCAGAACUGUAUACGGGACACUGCUUUCGCAGAACGUCGGCAAAAUUACAAACAACAGACAUGACUACUCUGAUCGACCAUGGCGGGUUAAAUUCGACAAUUGUGGCCGAAGACAAUAUUGACGACUCAGUUCAAAGUAGAGUUGAAAUAUCAAAUGAAACAUUAAACUCCAUCCGAAAAAAGGAAGUAAUAAACAUAACAAUGCCUACCAGUUCUGCCAAUCUCAAUGAAAAGUCUGGUUUAGCAGAAAUAGUGCAAUUUUCACAUUGCACUAUACAAAGUUUGUGUAUAAUUUCUCAAUAAUUAUAGUAAUUUACAUGUAAUUUGUUAUGUCUACUAUUUUCUUUACAUUUCGCUCUAAGACUGGUUUAGUUAAAUGUACCUUAAAAUGUUAAUAAAAAGGUCAAAUACAGAUUUUAAGUUUUGCACACAAGCAAAACAGUGUUAUUGGUAAUUUUGUUGUCUGCAGACCUGUCUUUUAUUGUGCUUCAAAUUUAGUACUUGAAUUCAUUGUUAUUUUAUUAAGGAAACAAAGCCUACAAAGAAUUACUUCUCAUCAAAAUUAAAUAUUUUUGUUAGGAAACUAUUUAUUUAUGUACACCCUGUUUUUAUUGAAUUCCAUUAACUUUAAGGGCAGGUUCUUUAGGUCACAUACAAUUAAUUUCUCUAAGAAACUAGC